UCGCAGGUCGCUUAGGGCCGCGGUCCGAUUCAGACCUGAAGCCCCUAGCUUCCGGCCACACGCAGUGCCGCCCUGGCCUCAGUUUCCCCACUUCUAAAGAAGGGGAGUCAUGCUGCCCUGUUUCUUGUUUCUCUCCAAAAACAUCAGCCCUUCGCUGGUGUCCCUGCGCAACGCGCGCCGGGGCUUCGCGCUCCCGCCGCUCCGGGUCUCCAGGCGCCUCUCGCGCCCGGGGCGCACUGCCCCCCUGCGCCUGAUGGCAGCAGCCGCCGCCUCCGGGAACCCAACCGGGCCCGCCUCCGCCCACUCCCGGGUGCGCCAGAACUUCCACCCGGACUCCGAGGCUGCCAUCAACCGCCAGAUCAACCUGGAGCUCUACGCGUCCUACGUGUACCUGUCCAUGUCCUAUUACUUCUCCCGAGAUGACGUGGCCCUGAACAACUUCGCGGGAUAUUUCCUUCGCCAGUCCCGAGAAGAGACCAAGCACGCGGAAAAGCUGAUGAGGCUGCAGAACCAGCGGGGAGGCCGGAUCUGCCUGCAGGACAUCAAGAAACCAGACCAGGACGAUUGGGAAAGCGGGCUGAACGCCAUGGAGUGUGCGCUGCUCUUGGAGAAGAAUGUGAAUCAGUCGUUGCUCGAAUUGCACACUCUGGCCUCAGACAGAGGUGACCCCCACUUGUGCGACUUCCUGGAAACUCACUAUCUGAAUGAGCAGGUGAAGUCUAUCAAAGAACUAGGUGACCACGUGCAAAACUUGAUUAAGAUGGGGGCCCCAGAUUCUGGCCUGGCAGAGUACCUCUUUGACAAGCACACCCUUGGAGAUGAAAACAAUCAGGACUAAGUAACCCACAGGCUGCCCUCCUCACUGCCCAGGCUGUGACAAGACCCAGUCCGCAGACUCCUGCUUUCUUGCCCUUAAAAUGAACCUCUAUCUUUAUACACCAUAAUGCUGUCCCAAUAAAGUGACUUGUAGAGAAAAGGAAGUUGGCCUCAUAUUAACAAGGGCUUUUUGUCCAACAUCAAAGUAAUUUUUCCAGCUGAAAGGUAGCCCACAAUACCACAGUAUAAAAGACUGUGAAAAAGCUACUGAGAGUAGAUGCAAACUUUCUCCAGUUAUCAAAUAUUAUUCCAGACCAUGAACCUUCACUAAAAUUCUGCAAUUUUCAACUGCACAAGUGCUCAUUAUUUUCAAGACCUUAUACUAAAGACUAAAGUGGGGAGAUGUGUAAGAUAAAUAUGCAAAUAACUCUAACAAGAUGAAGAAGAUAUACAGUACUGUAAAAACCAUGUAAGCAAAAUUCCACGACAGCUUUUACCUUUUCCCAGCAUGUUCCAAGAAAAAGUGAUGUCUGGCGAUGAUCUGUUUUUAAAGGAUUUUGUGAUCAAAUAAAUUUAAGAAAAGCUACACAAAGUAUCAAUGCUGGCCUUGGAAAGUCACAAUGUCUAUGAGCAUUUAAGGGCUCUGGGAAGUCUUGCAAUUAAAAACA